AUGAUUCCUGAUAGACGUGCUGGAGGCCAGCUCCACAGCCAGUCCCAGCUAGGAGUCAUAUCCACUACCGUCAGCCACAGCCAGUCCCAGCUAGGAGUCAUAUCCACUACCGUCAGCCACAGCCAGUCCCAGCUAGAAGUAAUAUCCACUACCGUCAGCCACAGCCAGUCCCAGCUAGAAGUAAUAUCCACUACCGUCAGCCACAGCCAGUCCCAGCUAGGAGUCAUAUCCAUUACCGUCAGCCGCAGCCAGUCCCAGCUAGGAGUCAUAUCCACUACUGUCAGCCACAGCCAGUCCCAGCUAGGAGUCAUAUCCACUACCGUCAGCCACAGCCAGUCCCAGCUAGGAGUCAUAUCCACUACCGUCAGCCACAGCCAGUCCCAGCUAGGAGUCAUAUCCACUACCGUCAGCCACAGCGAGUCCCAGCUAGGAGUCAUAUCCACAACCGUCAGCCACAGCCAGUCCCAGCUAGAAGUAAUAUCCACUACCGUCAGCCACAGCCAGUCCCAGCUAGGAGUCAUAUCCACUACCAUCAGCCACAGCCAGUCCCAGCUAGGAGUCAUAUCCACUACCAUCAGCCACAGCCAGUCCCAGCUAGGAGUCAUAUCCACUACCGUCAGCCAGUCCCAGCUAGGAGUUAUAUCCACUACCGUCAGCCACAGCCAGUCCCAGGUAGGAGUCAUAUCCACUACCGUCAGCCACAGCCAGUCCCAGCUAGGAGUCAUAUCCACUACCGUCAGCCACAGCCAGUCCCAGCUAGGAGUCAUAUCCACUGCCAUCAGCCACAGCCAGUCCCAGCUAGGAGUCAUAUCCACUACCGUCAGCCACAGCCAGUCCCAGCUAGGAGUCAUAUCCACUACCGUCAGCCACAGCCAGUCCCAGCUAGGAGUCAUAUCCACUACCAUCAGCCACAGCCAGUCCCAGCUAGGAGUCAUAUCCACUACCGUCAGCCACAGCCAGUCCCAGCUAGGAGUCAUAUCUCCUACCAUCAGCCACAGCCAGUCCCAGCUAGGAGUCAUGGCCACUACCAUCAGCCACAGCCAGUCCCAGCUAGGAGUCAUAUCCACUACCGUCAGCCACAGCCAGUCCCAGCUAGGAGUCAUAUCCUCUACCAUCAGCCACAGCCAGUCCCAGCUAGGAGUCAUAUCCACUACCAUCAGCCACAGCCAGUCCCAGCUAGGAGUCAUAUCCACUACCGUCAGCCACAGCCAGUCCCAUCUAGGAGUCAUAUCCACUACCAUCAGCCACAGCCAGUCCCAGCUAGGAGUCAUGUCCACUACCGUCAGCCACAGCCAGUCCCAGCUAGGAGUCAUAUCCUCUACCAUCAGCCACAGCCAGUCCCAGCUAGGAGUCAUAUCCACUACCAUCAGCCACAGCCAGUCCCAGCUAGGAGUCAUAUCCAUUACCGUCAGCCACAGCCAGUCCCAUCUAGGAGUCAUAUCCACUACCGUCAGCCGCAGCCAGUCCAGCUAG